CUAAGACCGCAGGCUCCGGGGGAGAAACUGUCGCCCGAUCCUAUGACACCGGUACAUGAGUACUGUAGUGCUAUUACUGUAUACCUUCAGUUCUUUACCAUGGACUAUCUGUCAGUGCUUGCUAUCCCUGCCCUCUGCCUGUGUGCUGUCCUACUCUAUAAGCUGACAGCGAUUGCUCAGACUCUGCACAAGAGAGCAGUAGCUCUGAAAGAUGUUCCUGACAUGCCCAACAUGCACUGGCUUUUGGGAAGCAUGCCCUAUAUCAGGAAAAUGUUUGAGGAUGAUGUAGAAACAUUGAACUAUAUUAAAUAUGUGAGUGACAACAAGAUCAAGAUGACAAAGUUAUGGAUAGGACCUUUCUUUGUCAUGCUGACUGUUAGACAUUGUUCACUGUUGCCCAAAGUGCUAAAACAACCCAAGAACAAGGUUGGCUAUGACUUGCUGAGGCCGUGGCUAGGAGAUGGUCUGCUCAUCUCGGAGGGGAAUAAAUGGUCUCGGAACCGACGACUACUAACCCCAGCUUUCCAUUACGCUAUUCUCAUGCCUUACAUCAGUGUGUACAAUAGAUGCCUCGGGGUGAUGAUGGACAAGUGGUCUGCUGCAGCAAGGGUCAACGAUCCCGUGAAACUGUUUGAGUGUGUGAGCCUGUUAUCUCUGGACAUUAUUCUGCAAUGCUCCUUCAGCUUCAGCAGUGACUGCCAGAUCGAGUCGAGUAGGCAUCCGUACAUACACUCUGUUCAAGAGAUUGUCGAACUAACAACUCGCAGAUUCACAUCCGUGCCUGCACGGUGGGAUUUGUACUACUACUUGACCAAGGAUGGCCGCACCUUUAGGAAGCACUGCAAUACAGCUCACGACUAUUCCAACAUGGUCAUUCAGAACCGAAAGAAAGAAUUAAGAAUUGGUGAAGACAAGACACAACUUUCUGAGAGUGAGCUGCGGACUAGAAAGAAGGGGAAGUACCUUGAUUUCCUGGACGUUCUGCUCAUAGCUAGAGACGAGGAAGGCAAUGGCCUCACUGAUCAAGAGAUCCGAGAUGAAGUGGACACGUUCAUGUUUGAGGGCCAUGACACGACGACCAGUGGGAUGUGCUGGACCCUGUACUGUCUAGCAAAGCACCCUGAGGCACAGGAGAAAGUGCGUGAGGAGGUGAGGAGUGUGCUUCAGGGACGAGAGACCCUUGACUAUGAUGAUAUUAAAGAGCUCAAGUACACUCUGUGGGCUAUUAAAGAGGCCAUGAGACUCUACCCUCCUGUCUUCUUUAUAUCUCGAGAAACCAAUGAAGAGUUUGAGUUGGAUGGCUGUCUCGUUCCAAAGGGAGUCAGAGUUGGUAUCGACAUUCGCUGUAUUCAUCGUCAGUCGGACACUUGGGAGAAUCCCGAUGAGUACGACCCUCUUCGUUUUAACCCCAGCAACUGUGAGGGUCGUGACCCCUAUGCCUACGUUCCAUUCUCUGGUGGUCAGCGAAACUGCAUUGGACAGAACUUUGCUCUGAAUGAAGAGAGGAUUGUGAUUGCCUCCAUUCUAAACAGAUUCAAGUUAUCGCUAGUACAAAGACACAAAGUUGAGGCAGACUCUAAAAUUGUAUUACGGAGCAAGAAUGAUAUCAAGAUCAAUCUAGAACCACUUUACUGACACAGUAUACGUAGUACUUUAUUGUGCACACGUACGCAUGGUAUAUGUAUAGAUGAUUUUGAUGUGUGUCUGUGUGUGUGUACAUGUACUUUUGUGUCCUCCAGCCAAAAUUAUUUUCAACAUUGAAUUUGUAUACAAAAUGUACAUUUUUUGUAUCUAGCUUACAAUUACACAAAGAUGGCCUGGAUCUCAUGACAGAUCUAGGUCAUUAGUUUCAAAAGUAACUUUUUACUGAA